AAGAGUAUGUCUGUGAUAGAGGAUCACUGGGUGAUUAAAUGGUACCUGUGGGGCUACCAAAGACUCACCAGACCAUCAUCUUGUUUAUUUUUUAAUUUACUUUUUCACAAAGCUGAACCUUCCUCCUUCCGUGUUUGUUGUAAUGUAAAUGAGCAGCCAGGGAGCUGACAGACAAGCCGAUUCCUGCCACAGUCUGAGGUGCGGCUUCACAACUGACAACGCCUGCCAAAGUCGAGGUGCCUGCUGCUGCUGCUCCUGUCACGUUGUGGUCUCACCUCCAGAUGUUGUUCAGCUCUUUCUUCUCCACACUCACGACUGACUGAACUCGACCUGAGCUUCAACUACAACAUGGAGGACUCAGGAGUGGAUCAGCUGUGUGAGGAGCUGAGGAGUGAAAACUGCAAAUUAGAGAAACUGAACCUAUCUGAUUGUGUUCUCACCUCCAGAUGUUGCUCAGCUCUCUCCUCAGCUCUUUCUGCUCCACACUCACGACUUACUGAACUGGACCUGAGUGGCAACAACAUGGAGGAUUCCGGAUUGGAUCAGCUGUGUGAGGGGCUGUGGAGUGAAAACUGCAAAUUAGAGAAACUGAACCUGUCUCAUUGUGGUCUCACCUCCACAUGUUGCUCAGCUCUCUCCUCAGCUCUUUCUGCUCCACACUCACGACUGACUGAACUGUACCUGAGCGGCGACAACAUGGAUGAUUCAGGAGUGGAUCAGCUGUGUGAGGGGCUGUGGAGUGAAAACUGCAAAUUAGAGAAACUGAACCUGUCUCAUUGUGGUCUCACCUCCAGAUGUUGCUCAGCUCUCUCCUCAGCUCUUUCUGCUCCACACUCACGACUGACUGAACUGGACCUGAACAAAAACCACAUGGGGGAUUCAGGAGUGGAUCAACUGUGUGAGGGGCUGUGGAGUGAAAACUGUAAAUUAGAGAAACUGUACCUGUCUCAUUGUGGUCUCACCUCCAGAUGUUGCUCAGCUCUCUCCUCAGCUCUUUCUGCUCCACACUCACGACUGACUGAACUGAACCUGAGCAACAACACCUUGGGAGAUUCAGGAGUGAAUCAGCUGUAUGAGGGGCUGUGGAGUGAAAACUGUAAAUUAGAGAAACUGGACCUGUCUCGUUGUGGUCUCACCUCCAGAUGUUGCUCAGCUCUCUCCUCAGCUCUUUCUGCUCCAGACUCACGACUGACUGAACUGAACCUGAGCAACAACACCUUGGGAGAUUCAGGAGUGAAUCAGCUGUAUGAGGGGCUGUGGAGUGAAAACUGUAAAUUAGACAAACUGGACCUGUCUCAUUGUGGUCUCACCUCCAGAUGUUGCUCAGCUCUCUCCUCAGCUCUUUCUGCUCCACACUCACGACUGACUGAACUGAACCUGAGCAACAACACCUUGGGAGAUUCAGGAGUGAAUCAGCUGUAUGAUGGGUUGUGGAGUGAAAACUGUAAAUUAGACAAACUGGACCUGCGGUCAUGUGAUCUCACCUCCAGAUGUUCCUCAUCUCUCUCCUCAGUCCUCUCUUCUCCACACUCACAGCUGACUGAACUGGACUUGAGCGACAACAAACUGGGAGAUUCAGGAGCUCGUCAGCUGUGUGAGGGUCUGAGGACCCCAAACAGUAAAUUAAAGACACUGAAGCUGUCUGGUAAUGAGCUCAAUGAGAGUGAGAAGAAGAACCUGAGGUCACUACAGAAGGAGCUGAACAGGACUGGACGGCAGGUGGAUAUCAAGAUGUGGGAAGACAGGACAUGCUGAUCAACUGACUCCAGUGAUGGUGCUCCCUCUCCACUCCCUCUAAAUUCUUCUCUUUAUUCUUUUAUAAUCUCCUCAGCUCUCCUCCACAUUUAAUAAACUCUGCAUGUCUUCUUCUCA